GACGCCUUCUGCGACAGCGAGUUCGCCGUGAACGGCAUCGUGCACGACGUGGACGUGCUGGGCGCCGGCGUCCGCCUGGUGACCCUGCUGGUGGACCGCGCCGGGCUGUACAAGCUGAGCCGCCUCUACGUCCGCCCCGACGGCUUCUUCCUCCGCGCGCACGUGCUGGCCCUCGACUCCUCCCGCUGCAGGAGGCCGUGUCCGGAGCUCAAGCCGGGCAGCAGGUACAUUGUGAUGGGCCACCUCUACCACAAGAGACGCCAGCUGCCCGCAGCCCUGCUCCAGGUCCUGCGAGGGCGGCUGCGUCCAGGGGACGGGCUGGUCAGGAGCAGCAGCAGCUACGUCAAAAGGUUUAACAGGACCAGGGACCGGCAAGUUCAAGGCGCCGCUCACGCCCAGUGCAUCUGAAGCGCCCGCGCCGGCCCUGGAGGAUCCCGAGCGCCUUGGACUUCAGCUGAAGGGUUUAUCUUCACGGCGGUGGCGUCCUCCUUUAAAGCCGGGCCCACCGCUACUACAACAGCUUGUGGAGCUGGACCUCUCACCUGGAAAGCGCCACUCUAUCUGCAGAAUGCUGCUUCAGGGGCGCGCUUCUGAGCUCACAGGCAGUCACUGGACUGCAGGGCCAGUGACUCAGGCAGUCCAGACACCUACCUGUCCAGUUAACAGAUCACUGCUUCAUGUGAAAUUUUUAAAUUAUUUUAAUUUAACACAUUCUUCAGUAGAAAUAGUUCACAAAAACCCAUUUUUUGUAUUUAUACAAUUUUGAGUAGUUUAUAGCAGGUUCAAACCAGAUUUUACACUCAAACCACAUUUUAAAACUGCACACAUAAUAAGCAUACUAGUCAACGACAUUUAUGUACGAAAUGUCAUUUAGAACUCCAGGGUCAGAGCCCAGGACAAGGGUUAGUGUUCUGCAUGUAAAGGGUACUAAAGGGCUUAAUCCAAGAAAGCGAUAUUCAAAGCCAGGUGUCCCUGAUGUACCAAAAUGUAAGCCAUUCUCACGCCUUCCUGCUUCUAGCAAGUCGUGUUUUGUGUCAACCUGGAUGCUUAUUUCAAUGCCUCAUGUAUCUGAAGUCAUUUUUCUAUUACGACCAAGUAUCAUGUUUGUUUGUAAAGCAGUAAAUCUUGCUUUGAAAUCA